CCAACCUCUAUGCACACUUAGGUGCUGGAGUUUUGUGAUUUUAUCUUAUUGUUAGUUUGGGCUGGAGAGUACCAGUAGUUCAAUUAUUCGUUUCUUUUGUUUGUUCUAGGAUUAGUUUACCCUUUUUAGGUAAUUUAGGGGGAGACGCGGGGAGCGACUGCCCAUUGUGAGAUGUGCCAACUAUAACCCAUGUGCUGCAGCAUGACAUUGAUGUGAGCGAUUCACCGCCAAUAAAGCAGCAUCCCUACAGAGUCUAUCUCAUCAAGCGCCUUUGUUUGCAAAAUCAGGUUAAUUAUAUGUUUGAGUAUAGCAUUGCGGACCCUAGCUCUAGAUCGUGGAGUUCGCUGUGUCUCCUAGCUGAUAACUUCCGAUGGCUCUGAGGGAUUCUGCACAGAUUUUCGAAAGCAGACGAGCGCCGAGUCAUCUGGAGAAACACACCUGAGGGAGACGUGCAGAGAGAUUGGACAGUGUCGUUUUCCAGCACAGAAGGAAAAGGACGAAGUUAUGUAACGCUGCGAGAUGUAAACACACGUGAUCCUUCAACAUGUAACAGCCUGCAGAGGGAAGUCCAUAUACGUUCCGAUCGGUGUCUGCAGGUUCACAGUUGUGCUAGGAGGGUUUGACCUGCAGAGACAGACGCACAGACCGAGAGACACAGACACACAGAGACACAAAGAGACAGACAGUCGUCACUGAACGAGAGGUGAAAUGGCGCAGGAAGGAGUUCAGCUGGACCGGGAAACCUUCUCUUGUUCCAUCUGUCUGGAUCUACUGAAGGAUCCGGUGACUAUUCCCUGUGGACACAGCUACUGCAUGAACUGUAUUAAAAGCUUCUGGGAUGAAGAGGAUCGUAAGUACAGCUACAGCUGCCCUCAGUGUGGCCAGAGCUUCACACCGAGGCCUGUCCUGCUGAAAAGCACCAUGUUAGCAGAUUUAGUGGAGGAGCUGAAGAAGACUGGACUCCAAGCUGCUCCUGCUGAUCACUGCUAUGCUGGAGCUGAAGAUGUGGCCUGUGAUGUCUGCACCAGGAGAAAACUCAAAGCACACAAGUCCUGUCUGAUCUGUCUGGUUUCUUACUGUGAAAAACAUCUUCAGCCUCAUUUUGAAUCAGCUCCAUUCAAGAAACACAAGCUGGUGGAGCCGUCCAAGAAGCUCCAGGAGAACGUCUGCUCUCGUCAUGAUGAGGUGAUGAAGAUGUUCUGCCGUACUGAUCAGCAGCUUAUCUGUUAUCUCUGCUCUGUGGAGGAACAUAAAGGCCACGACACAGUCUCAGCUGCAGCAGAGAGAGCUGAGAGGCAGAAAGAGCUCGAGGGGAGUCAACAAAACAUCCAGCAGAGAAUCCAGGACAGAGAGAAAGAUGUGAAGCUGCUUCAACAGCAGGCGGAGGCCAUCAAUCUCUCUGCUGAUAAAGCAGUGGAGGACAGUGAGAAGAUCUUCACUGAGCUGAUCCGUCUCCUGGAGAAAAGAAGCUCUGAUGUGAAGCAGCAGGUCAGAUCCCAGCAGAAAAGUGAAGUGAGUCGAGUCAAAGAGCUUCAGGAGAAGCUGGAGCAGGAGAUCACUGAGCUGAAGAGGAAAGACGCUGAGCUGAAGAAGCUCUCACACACAGAGGAUCACAACCAGUUUCUACACAACUACCCCUCACUGUCACCACUCAGCCAAUCAGCAUCCAGCAUCCAUAUCCUUCCUCUGAGCUGCUUUGAGGACGUGACAGCGGCCGUGUCAGAAGUCAGAGAUAAACUACAGGACGUCCUGAGAGAGAAGUGGACAAACGUCUCACUGACAGGGACUGAAGUGGACGUUUUACUGUCACAACCAGAGCCCAAGACCAGAGCUGGAUUCUUAAAAUAUUCACGUGACAUCACACUGGAUCCAAACACAGCUCACACACAUCUGUUAUUAUCUGAGGGGAACAGGAAAGCAACAUUAAUGAGACAACGUUCUUACUCUAGUCACCCAGACAGAUUCACUAACUGGUGUCAGGUCCUGAGUAGAGAGAGUCUGACUGGACGUUGUUACUGGGAGGUGGAGAGGAGAGGGAGAGGAGGAGUUUAUGUAGCAGUCGCAUACAAGAACAUCAGCAGAGUAGGGAGGUCGGAUGACUGGGAUGAAUGUAGAUUUGGACGAAAUAACAAAUCUUGGGCGUUAGAUUGUAACAACACAUUUUGGUCCAACAAUGUCCAAACUCACGUCUCAGGUCCUUGGUCCUCCAGAGUAGGAGUGUACCUGGAUCACAGUGCAGGUAUUCUGUCCUUCUACAGCGUCUCUAAAACCAUGACUCUCCUCCACAGAGUCCAGACCACAUUCACUCAGCCGCUCUAUGCUGGACUUGGCUUUUAUUGUUAUGAAGCCUCUGCUGAGUUGUGUAAACUCAAAUAGACAGAAGUCAUUUAAGGGUUAAAUUCUGUGUUUUAACCCCUCGACUUAUAAUCUCCAUGUUUGUUGCUGAGAGCUGAUUGUUGUGACAUUCUAUUUUUGUUGACGUUUUUCAUGUUUACACAUUUUUUGCUUUUUUUUCAUUUUUUGUUGCAUUUUCUUAUUUUUUUGCUUUUAUCAACAUUUUUUGUCACUUUCAUCGACAUUUAUUUGCGUUUCGAAAUGUUUUUUGCUAAUUUGUUGGACAUUCGUUUUGCUUGUAUUGAUGUUUCAGAAGUGAUGGGAUGUUUUUGUUUGAGAAAAACAUUUGGGGAGCCCCAGAAGCUCUCAAUGUGCUCAGUUGAGAUCUGUUAUUUUACCUGCAGAGGGAAGUCCAUAACGGUCAGACAGGUGUGUCUGCAGGUUCACAGCUGUGCUGGCACGGUUUGAUCUGCAGAGACAGACGGGACGCAGAGACACAGACAGAGACACGAUGUCUCUCAGAGACACACGUAAUGGACGAUUUUUUUUUUAAGUAUUAAAAACACAAAGUACACAAAAGGGAAAUAUUUUCAAUGUUUUAAA